AUGCCUGCUGGUUCCGUUCUCGUCGCUGGUGGCACCGGCUACAUUGGCUCGUUCACCACUCUUGCCCUCCUCGAGGCGGGCUACAAGGUUGUCGUCGCUGACAACCUGUACAACUCCUCUGUCGAGGCCCUGAACCGCAUUGAGGCCAUCUGCGGCAAGAAGGCUGAGUUUGUCCAGCUCGAUGUCACCGAGGAGAAUGGCUUCGACAAGGUCUUCGCGGCCCACCCCGACAUUGACAGCGUGAUCCACUUCGCUGCCCUGAAGGCUGUUGGCGAGUCCGGCGAGAAGCCCCUGGACUACUACAUGGUCAACGUCUACGGCACCAUCAACCUGCUGCGCUCCAUGGUCAAGCACAAUGUCUCCAACAUUGUCUUCUCCAGCUCAGCCACCGUCUACGGCGACGCCACCCGCUUCCCCAACAUGAUCCCCAUCCCGGAGGAGUGCCCCCUGGGCCCCACCAACCCCUACGGCAACACCAAGUUCGCUGUCGAGAACGCCAUCACCGACGUGAUCAACGCCCAGCGCAACAACGCCAUCAAGGCCGGCAACGAGGCCGAGGCCAAGAAGUGGAAUGGUGCCCUCCUGCGCUAUUUCAACCCCGCCGGUGCCCACCCCUCCGGCAUCAUGGGAGAGGACCCUCAGGGCGUCCCCUACAACCUGCUUCCGCUGCUCGCCCAGGUUGCCACGGGCAAGCGCGAGAAGCUGCUCGUGUUCGGCGAUGACUACGCCUCCCACGACGGCACUGCCAUCCGUGACUACAUCCACAUCCUCGACCUCGCUGACGGCCACCUCAAGGCGCUCAACUACCUGCGCGAGCACAACCCCGGUGUGCGCGCCUGGAACCUGGGCACCGGCAAGGGCUCCACCGUCUACGAGAUGAUCAAGGCCUUCUCCACUGCCGUCGGCCGCGACCUGCCCUACGAGGUCGCGCCCCGCCGCGCCGGUGACGUCCUCAACCUCACUGCCAACCCCACCCGCGCCAACAAGGAGCUCGGCUGGACCCCCAAGUUCACUCUCGAGAAUGCCUGCGAGGACCUCUGGCGCUGGACGAAGAACAACCCCCAGGGUUACCGCCAGCAGCCUCCUGCGGAGCUGCUCGCUGCCCUGAAGAAGUAG